CCAGCGGAGAGGAAGAGCCGAGACAAGUGAACACACAAGCCAAGCCAAGGCAAGGAAGAUAGGCGAUUGCAUAGUCUCUGGUGUUGACCGUGUCCUGUCCUGUCCUGUCCUGUGCUGUCCUGUCCUGUGCUCUGCUCUCAGCGUGUGAAUGGAGCAGUGUGCGAGUACGGCCUCCCUGCUGGCCUCGGUGCGGGAGCAGGAGAGGCAGUUUGAGAUGCUGAGCCGAGCUCUGGAGGAGGAGCGGAGGUCGUGUGCUGGCACCCUGCCCCGCCCCCUCCCCAACAUGCAGAACGGCCGCAUUCCUUGUGAUGCAGACAUAGAGAGGCUGACACUGAACGAGGGUUACAUCAACGGGACACAUCAUUUCAGGAUGGAGCCUGGUCAGGUGGUGCAGGAAACAUACACGGUGGAGGAAGAUCCCCAGGAGGUGCCACCUGUUGUCUCUGUGGAGACCAAUGAAGAUGGGACCACGCGGCGCACAGAAACCACGGUAAAGAAAGUAGUAAAGACCACCACCACUCGCACAGUCAUUCCCUCCGUGUCGGACACGCUUUCCCUGGAUGGUGGGGGCUCAGUGACGGGUAUGGGGGGCUACCCUGCGCCCAUGGUCUACAGACAGGGACCUGGCGGUGGCAUGCCCAUGGACUACCCCACUCACACUGUGCCCCGCAACUACCACUACGGACCGCCAGGGGGCUACGACGACUACCGCACUGGACCCCCAUCUGAGGCCUACACAAGCCUUAGCAGGGGAGCUCGCAUGGAUGAUCGCUACAGACCGAUCCAUCCAGAUGGUUACAGAACUCUGGAUCCAAGCUACAGAGCCCCCAGCAGGAACCAGCUGGACCACUACGCUGCUCAGCCACAGGUUGGGCGUAUGGGCAGUGCCAUGGAGCUGUCCUCUAUUCCGAGGUUUGUCCCAGAGCCAUACGGUCUGGAGGAUGAUCAGCGCAGCAUGGGCUACGAUGAGCCCGACUAUGGCAUGGGACACCCGAUGCACUACAGCACCGUACCCCGCAACCACAACGCGUAUUCCCAUGGGCCCCCACGCAGGGCUGGGAGUUACGAGGGCACCUUGGAUGGCGACAUGAGUGGCCCAGGGGACAUGUACUACUGGGGAGGAGCGCCACUGGCCCAGGGUGAAAGAGGUAGCAUGGCUUCAUUGGACAGCACUCUAAGGAAAGCUCCCGGCCCCGGCCCUGGCGGCUGGCGUCAGCCAGAGCUGCCCGAGGUCAUUGCCAUGCUGAACUACAGGCUGGACCCCGUCAGGAGCAACGCAGCUGCAUACCUGCAGCAUCUCACCUAUAAAAAUGAUAAAGUGAAAUCUGAUGUGCGUCGACUGAAAGGCAUCCCAGCACUGGUCUCUAUGCUCGACAACCCAAACAAAGAGGUUCACUAUGCAGCCUGCGGAGCAUUAAAGAACAUCUCAUACGGCAAAGAUCAAGACAACAAGAUCGCCAUCAAGAACUGUGACGGAGUGCCAGCUCUGGUCAGGCUGCUGAGGAAGACCCAUGACCAGGACCUCACUGACACCAUCACAGGGACGCUGUGGAACCUGUCGUCGCACGACUCUGUGAAAAUGGAGAUCGUGGACCACGCACUGCACGCCCUCUCCGACGAGGUCAUGGUGCCCCAUUCAGGCUGGGCGCGAGGGAGCAACGGAGCCGGAGGAGGGGACAGCUGCAAGCCCAGGCAUCUGGAGUGGGAGACGGCCCUCACCAACACAGCAGGCUGCCUGAGAAAUGUGAGUUCAGAGCGAAGCGAGGCAAGGAGGAAGCUGAGGGAGUGCACAGGAUUGGUUGAUUCGCUCAUGUACAUUGUCCAAUCCCAGAUUGACUGUAAAGACGUCGACAAUAAGUUGAUAGAGAACAGCAUGUGUCUGCUGAGGAACUUGUCCUAUCAGGUGCACCGUGAAAUCCCCGGCAGUGAGCGCUACCAGGAGGCCGCUCCCCUCAACCAGGGUCCCGCCCCUGCCAGCCAGAAGGGCGGCUGCUUCAGCUCCCGCAAGAGCAAAGAUGAGUGGUUUUCCAAAGGUAGGAAAGAUGAGGAUGCAGCUGCAGACGUAAUAGACAUUCCAAAGAGGACCACACCUGCUAAAGGCUAUGAGCUGUUGUACCAGCCAGAGGUGGUCCGCAUCUACACCUCCCUGCUGAAGGAGUCCAAGAACCCCACCGUGCUGGAAGCCUCGGCUGGAGCCGUUCAGAACCUGUGUGCUGGCCGCUGGACUUAUGGGCGAUACAUCCGCGCCCUGCUGCGGCAGGAGAAGGGUCUACCCAUGAUGACCGAGCUGCUGGCCCACGGCAACGACCGCGUGGUCCGCGCCAUGUCUGGAGCCCUCCGCAACAUGGCCAUUGACGCACGCAACAGAGAUCUACUAGGUAAACAUGCGGUGCCUCACCUGGUGGCCAACCUGCCCGGCGGUGGUCAGAGUCAGCCGGUGCGAGCGCUGUCAGAAGAGACGGUGGUGUCGGUAUUGAGCACGCUCCAUGAGGUGCUGGGCUCCAGCCUGGAAGCAGCAAAGAGCCUCAGGGCCUCACAGGGAAUAGAGAGACUGGUGCUCAUUAACAAGGAUGGCAGUAAUCGUUCUGAGCGGGAGGUGCGCGGGGCCGGCCUGGUGCUGCAGACAGUGUGGGGCUACAAGGAGCUGCGGCGCACUUUGGAGAAGGACGGCUGGAAGAAGACGGACUUCAUGGUCAACCUUAACCCGCCCAGCAACACCACCAGGGCCAACGGAGGAUAUGAGGACAGCACUCUGCCGCUCAUAGACAAAGGCGGCAAAGAGGACCGCGAAAUGAUUCCAAUGAAUGACUUGGGACCAGAUGCCUACUCCACACUUGACCAGAGAGGGAGAAGGAACACCUUUGAUAACACACUCGAACCUGCUGACAGAGAUGCAGUACAGGGAGGGAUGUAUGGGGAGAGGCAGGCCUCUUUGCCUCUAAUGGAUUCUUACGAUGAAAAACUGAUUGUGUGCAUCACAAGACGACAGCCUCCUCCCACCUACUGCCCUUGCUGAACUGACAAUUGGGGACCACUACACUACCGAUGGGACUAAACGCCAUCCUUUAGACUCUACCCUUCUGUCCCUCUUCACUCUUUUGCAGCUUCUCUUCUUCUCUCUUCCCCUUUGUUACAUUCUUCCAUUGCAGCUGACAGACUGAUGAAAACCUGACGUGGACCUACGCUCCCUGUGGACAACCCGGACGAGACACUAUGACCACUUUGUGCUCUGCGAGUCACCGCACUCCGAAACUCUAACCACUCAAUCAGAUACCAUGGCCACAACACUACAUCUCCGCGCUACACUACAACACCACAACACUACAACUUGCCCAGGCAACACUAACUCUCUUCGACGAGACGAGACUGUGGCUUCAUCUGAGAACUUUUUCUAUUUCUUGGAGGUCGGAGCUUAGCCGUAGACUAAUUAAACUAAAUAGAAAGUUGGGAUCAGAACAGGACACUUUAUAGUGAACUUUUACAUAAAUGGCUAAUAUACUCUGUUUCGAAGAAUUCGAGGAAUGUCUUCUUUUUUCUCUCUCUGAUGGUUAAAUGCUACAAAAAAAAAAAAGAAAAAAAAAAAAAAAAAUUUCCUACCACUGAGAACCAAUGUUUUAUGAUCUAAUCCGAUCUGUGUAGAGCUUCUGCUUCUGUGUCGGUCGUGGUUGUUCCUCUUCUUGCUUUGCUCUGUACCACAGUAAUGUACACGUGCCAAAUGACACUGCUACUGCUGCGACUGCCAAUACGGAAUGCAAGAACUGAAUGCAAGAACUUCACCCACUCCACCAAGACUUCUACAGCAGCUACACUGAAAACUCUCAUCUGCUUUGUUUUGUGCGCAGCUUGUGUCUGUGACAGUCCAUCGACAAGAUGCAUGCUGCAUUUUUUUUUUUUUUUUUUGUAUUCGAUUUUGAUCCAUAGAUAUAAAAGGGUGGAGGCCCAGUAUGGAUAUCCCUACAGAUGUAAAUGGAGCAGACAAAUUGUUCUCCAUCUGUUUCUAAAAGUGAUGUUUCUGUUCAAUGUAAGCCCCUUUGUAAUUCUUGGGAGAUAUCACAGGAGUCAUGGGUUGAAUUUACUGAUAUCUGCAGUUCUGUAGUCUUAUGAAUGUGUACAUACAAGACUGUCUCUAACGGCACCUAGGUGGGCUAACUGGAGUGCCUCGCUCUCAUGCAGGAUAGGUCUGAUGGGUGUGCCCAACGCGACAUGGGUAACCAAUCAAGGUGUCUUUUUCUCAGCAGGUUACUAGUUGGGAAUAUUGUAUAUGGAACUCAUCAGUUUUCUAUUCUGCAAAAAUAAUGUAAUAUGUGACGGGUUGAUUCUUGUUACUGCAAUUGUUUUUUUGUAAGGUAUACAACUCGAGUUCUGUAUAAUUUACCUGGCUUUAAGACUACAGAACAGUACAUGGGAGGAGACACAGUAUUGUCUGUUUUUGCCUGCAUUUCUUCUCUUCAGUGCUUGUUCUGUAGAAGAAUGCAUAUUCUUAGUGCUGAGUGAGAUGUAGAUACUUACUGAGUGGAUGAUUAAAAGAAGCACUAGGGGGGUGGGGGGGGGGGGGGGGGUAAAAAUGUGUGGUUCUUUUUUUCAACCUUAUGUUUUCCAUGCCAACUGAAACAUGACAGAGGAUGCCUCGUUUUCUCAAAGUAACAAGAUGCCUUCAAGAGUGGACAGACUUAAAGACCAUAGAGGAGAGCAAGGGUUUAUGUUAGAAAAUCACAGUGUAAGGAGGCAUAGACCAGAAUUUGCUAUUAAAAAAAUAAAAAAGUGGAGAAAAAUUUAAAGCACAUUUAAACUAUAUAUACAAGAGAAUAUUUGUUAAUUUGAAUGGUUUUAUGUAUUUUUUUUUUUUUUUUUUUUUUUUAUAUUGAUUUGGGUUUAAAUGUUUUGGGGUGCUCUUGGUGAAUGCAUAUGCAAUCAGUUUUUUUUUAAGUUUUGAUUGAAAACAUUUAGUUUAUGUCUUAAUUAAAUGCAAAACAAGUUCGCUAAACAAAAUCCUAUAACACACAGUCAUCAGAUACUGGAACACUAAUGG